AAUUUAAUUCAACUGAACGAGCCUAAUUGCCGAUAAAAUGGCAGCGCCCAUCAGUCUCUUUAAUUUCUCCAUUCUACUUGUCUGUUUCACAGAGAUUUCUUCAAAAAUUCUCUCUGAAAGUGACAGAAUAGUAGUUCCUGAACAGGAAGAGUGUUAUACUGAAGAUUGUGGUGUCGAAUAUAAUCCAGUUGAGCCGCUCGUGAAGUGUUCAUUUUUACCCGAUGACUUCAUAGAGUGUGAUGCACCGGAGGAUCUAAAAGGCAAUGAGACACUGAGAAGAGAACUUGGCACUGGGUGCUCAAAGUACGGCAGAGAAAAAAUUCAAGAUGUUCAGACAUCACCCGUCAUCUGUAGGGUACUCCCUGGCAUAGAGUGUCAUGGAAAUAGGACUUUUAUUAAAGAGAACAUUCCUUGUUUAAAAUUUGAAGGACAGCACUUCAUCAGUACCUUGCUAUUCUCCAUCUUCCUGGGGUUCUUUGGUGUAGACCGAUUCUGCAUGGGCCAUGUCCCGACAGCAGUGGGCAAACUUCUGACACUCGGUGGAUUAGGUGUUUGGUGGAUCGUGGACAUUGUGCUACUCGUCACAGGAGGACUGAUGCCAGCUGAUGGUAGUAAUUGGUGUCCAUAGACCAAUAUAACGAAAUAAAGACGCCCAACAUUUGUUUUAGUACUAACUUAAAUAUUCUUGACUGGAUUUUAUGAAGCGGAAUAGACAUUGUGCUACUCGUCACGGGAGGAUUGAUGCUGGCUAAUGGUAGUAAUUGGUGUCCGUGUAUAGUAUGGCACUAGAAUGAAUCCCCAACUCAAGUUUUAGUACUAACUUAAAUGUUCUUGAGUGGAGAUAGAAUAAAGUGGGAUAGAUCAUCAACAGAGUUUAUGGAUUUAGUGUUUGAUUGAUGGUUACAGAACAACUAAUGUUGACCAAUGAAAGUGAUUUGUGUUAAGAGAUAGUUUGGUGCGGUAAUCAAGUCCAGAGAUCAGUAGCAGUUCUCAAUUAUUUUGAAGUUGGAUAUAUCAUCAAGAAAGCUUCUUGUUCCUCCUUAGAAAUGUUGCCAAUCAAUGGAGGUUUUAAGUGUCAAUGGAUUAUGUUUGUGAGAGUCUAAUGGACUGUGAAAUAACACUUAACUCCUUGAAUCAAAUACUCUUGAGACUUUAUGGAUCCUACUUCUGACAGAAACUACGUAAACUUAAUGUACAUUUGAAAUGUUUGGAGAAUCCUUGAUAAACAAGGCAGAAACAAACGGCAGUGGACUCAGAGAGUUUGAAGACUGUACGCUGAAGUUUACAUGUAGCAAGGAUUACCAAGGUAAUUGGUGUCAUGUAUCAAUAUAAAGUGACUUUAAUACUACAUGCAUAUGAAAUAUUUUUGUUGCUGAAGGUUACCAAGUGCCUCAAAGUGAGCUGAUUGAUGAACAUUGAAUAUCCCUAUCUCUUUCUGGAGACUCGUGUGAAUGCCAAUUUUUUUCCAGCUUCACUACAACACUGUCUUGAGGCAUGUGUGAGCAUUAAAGAAUCAUAAUUGGAAUGGACAUAAUUAGAUGGAUCAAGAGGCAUACCUUUCUAGACGUAACACGUGUUGAACUUGGUAUGCACAUAAAAAGUAAUUAAAGGUGCAAUCUUCGAACAUCACAGUUUGACGUAUUUCCCUGUUGAUGCCAUUAUAUGAGGGAGAAGAUAUCCUUGUGGAGAUAUAUGACAGAGUAGUGCAAUAUAUAGAUUUUUUCGUUGUGACAAUAUCAAAAAGGAAUAAUGGAAGAAUACCCAUCAUCCAUGGGAAAGGAAUGGCAAAGUGUGCCAGUGACGAUCAUAACACUUCUUGUCAUCCUAGCUGGUAUGACUUCGAUUCUUUAUGCAACAGUUAAAAAGGGUGAUACAGAUUCAUCGUCUUGUAAAAUGAAGUGAUAAUAAGUAAUUUGUAGCCUGGUAAUGAUUGUAAUAAUUUGGUUUUGAUGUUGCAUGAUAUUAAUCUACAAUGUACAACUGCUCAAAGCGCUUCACAAUCAUUACCUAGUCACUGAAAUCAUAGCUUUAUUUAUAGCUAUAGUUUAGCUGGUAGUAAGAAUGAAAUUAUGACUUCUCUCUCUCUCUGUCAAAAGAAGAAUGUCAAAUGUUAUCUUCAAACCUCUUUUCAGUUUUAAAGUAACAAUCAAAUUUUUCUUGAUACACAACUCCCCCCCCCCCCCCGGGAAAUGGAAUCUCAAGUCACUGAAUUGUGACUUGUGAGUGUAAUGUUGAAUUUAUUUCGAUGUUUUAAGUGAAAUUCUAUUAAUUUGUGAAAGUACCUUCGCGUACCAUGAGAUGAUUAAAUCAAAAUUCAAGUCUAAACUCAAUCUUUUAUUUUUUUGUAGAGGAAUGCUCAUCCAUUUUAAAUUGUAGUUAACGAGUACGAAAAGUUGAACAUUAAAUACAUAAAGUUCUCAACAAAAUACAAUGAUAAUUGUUUUGUUUGAAGUGAUGAGAUGUACUUUUAUUACUUCUAUGAUGUGAAUAUACUGUUUGGAUCCAUCUUGGUGGAUAUUUCAUAAAGCUUUUCUCAAGUUACGAAUGACUUUAUGCCCGACCGGUGACCCUUUCUUCUGCUAAAUGAUAUAUCCCUAUGUAGCUGACUUGCCACCGAAGAAUAUGUUCCAGUUGUGCAUAUAGCAGUGGGUAACAUUACAAUCACCUUUACGAAACACCCAUCUGGGCCCUGUUGCAUAAAAGUUACCAUUACUUUUAUGGAAUCCUUGAUUCUGAUUGGCUGUUGAUUAGCAUGACCAUGGUAGUUACCAUUGGGUGUCAAAGUUUCCAUAAUGAUAAAUUUUGUGCUACGGGCCGAGCUUUGCUUAUUUUUGUGGGGAGGGGAAGGGUAGGGGCAAGCGAGAGUCAAUUUUGUUUUCUCCCCAUUUUUGAUGAAAGCUGUGACUGAUGAUAAAAGUUUUAUCUUUUGCUCAUCAAAUGUUUUUUUUUUACUAUCUGGUAAAGCUAAAAUCCAUGGCUUGGUAGGCCCAUUAAACAUUUAAAUUUAUAUUUCCUUUCCUUUGUUGAAGAAAAGUGGCUACAUCUAGAAAACUUGUGAAAUGGUAGUAUGUCUUUACUCCUCAACCAGAAAUAAAUACAUGUAUUUGAAUACUGUACAUGUAUUCAAAAAAUUGAUGAUAAUUUACAGUGAAUUAAUUUUGUGUUUACAUGAUAAAGCUUAAACCACAAUAUAUAAUUUAUGUUUAGUAGGAUUAUGAACAGGUUCUGAUAUCCUUUCCCUGUAUGUACAGGAGCCUGAGAAGGUAUAGAAAAAGAAAUCAUUGUUAUAUAUUUAUAUUAAUAAAGCAGUUUUAACU